AUGGACAUCGUGAUCCAUCGCUUCGGCUCGUACGAAUUCUCGCCCUUUGGGAGCAGAGUUCAGCCAGACGAGGCUCCCCAGACACUGCUGACCAGUCUCGGCAAGGCUGUCGUUCAGGUGCCAUGGAUCCAGAGAGUGUCUGAUUUCGCCCAAUCGGGCACGCCUCAGGUUGCCAUUCUUUCCAUUUCAGCGGUGUGCGUCGUAUUUGGCCUGCUUCGAAACCGGAAUGACGCCCCCGACUUCAAGCCCAAGGCCUCAGCAAUUCGAUGGCGAUAUGAGCUCUUGUCGCAAGUGUCGAGGGCAGUCGCUCUUGGUUUUCUCGUCGCCGCGUACAUCCAAGGCCGCGCGCACUGGCUCAAUGCAGCACUUCUGACCUAUUGCUUCAUUCUCGGUUUGACUCGCCUCGUCAACCAUUUACGAUGGCGCCAUGCGGCCCUACACCAGGUCAACGCUGUCAUGGCAGCCACCUUGAUCAUGUUUGUUGCCGCUCAGUUUCUGCCUUGCAUUCAGAUGGGCAUGGGUUGCUCCAAGAGCCCCAGCGUCAUUGGGGGCACGGCCGCCCUGGCCGCUGCGUUGGUCAUCGCCAUGGUCACGCCUCGCGAAUGGGUGCCGCCGCAGAUUGGCUACGAGAUCCCCGGCUUCGAGGUCCCCAAGGAACCGGCUCCUGAGGAGACAUGCAGCUGGAUCAAUUACUACUGCACGUACCAAUGGCUGACACACAUCAUCUGGAAAGGUACCAUGGGCAAGCUCGACAUGGCGGGCAUUCCCAAACUCGCCUGGUAUGACGAGCCCUUGUAUCUCCUGCGCAGGGUUCAGGACGCUCGCUCCAUAUCCAAGACGACGUUUUGGACUACGCUCCGCUUCAUGCGCACGGAGUUGCUCCUGAUGUCACUGUGGAUUGGCAGCGGCUACAUCGUCGAGAAUGUUGCCCCCUUGGGCAUGUUCAAAUUGCUUGAAUACCUAGCCUCGCCCAACGACGCUGUGUACCGGCCGUGGUUGUGGCUGCUUCUCAUGUUUGCGGGCCCUGUGUCUCGCUCGAUCCUGUUCCAGCAGUACAUCUUCACUUCAACCAGACUAAUAGUCCGGAUCAAGUCUGCCAUGACCCAAGAGCUCUAUCACAAGGCCUUGGAAUCCAUGGAGCUCGAAGACGAUCCAUUCGAAGCCAACAGUGGCAAGUCCAAGCCUGACGAAUCAAGCGACAAGGCGCAAAAGUCUACCUCUGCCGGCCGUUUGGCGAACCUGAUGGCUGCCGACGUCGAUGCAAUCUUUCGGUCUCGCGACAUCAUGAUUGUUCUGGUCGGAGUCCCUUCAGGAACCAUUGUUUCUCUAAUUGGCUUGUACAAGAUGCUUGGCUGGGCCUCCAUCGCGGGAACCUUGAUUCUGGUUCUCGCAACCCCCAUCACGGUAUGGCUUGGCAAGCUCAUGUACACAACGCAAAAGCGAGUACGAAAAGCUCAGGACUCCCGCAUCUCUCUCGUUACGGAGUAUCUUGCUUCGAUCCGCGCCAUCAAGUACUUUGCUUGGGAGGCGCCCAUCACCGACAAGAUCAUCGCCGCGCGCGCCGUCGAGCAAAAGAGUCUGUGGAACCUUGCUGUCCUUCAAGCCAUAAUCAAUGAGGUGACUCAGAUCUUCCCGUACCUCGCCCUGUUGGUCAUGUUCGGUAUUCAUAUCACUGUCGACAAGAAGCCCUUGGAGGCGUCCACCGCUUUCACUACCAUUUACCUCGUCAAGAACAUCCGCAGGAAUAUCAUGAUGGCCAGUGCCUUCUCGCGAUUCUUCGCAGGCGCCCUUGUCGCCUUUGGCCGUCUGGACAAAUAUUUCGAAAGCGCCGUGCCGCUCGUCAAAUACCAAGUCGGCCCGCUGCGCAUUCGUGGCGGUUAUUUUCGUCGAAACAAGAAGGCAACUUUCCGUCUCGAAGACAUCAAUCUCGACUUCGUGGAAGGUGGCUUGAACGUCAUCACCGGUCAGAGUGGCAGCGGAAAGUCGACUCUCUUGCUCGCAAUACUUGGCGAGACCUAUCUCGAAGGCGGCAACGUAACAGCCCCAGCCGACAUUGCAUUCGCAUCCCAGUCCGCGUGGCUUCAGAAUGAAACCAUCCAGGACAAUAUACUGUUUGGAAGCCCCAUGGAAAAGGCACGAUACGAUAGAGUCGUGGCAGCCUGUUGUCUUCCCGAGGAUCUCAAGGAGCUGCCACUGCGCGACCAGACAGUCGUGGGGGAGAACGGGACAUCCUUAUCGGGUGGUCAGAAAGCACGAGUAGCUCUGGCGAGAGCCCUGUAUUCAAAGGCGCCCCUUCUGCUCUUAGACGAUAUUUUUUCCGCACUUGAUGCGAAGACGUCGGCGGGUGUGUGGAAGCGCUGCUUCUGCGGCGAUCUCCUCCACGGGCGCACCAUCGUGUUGGUCACCCAGGUCCCUUGGAUCUCGUCCCAGGCAGACAUGGCCAUUUCACUCGAAAAGGGUCAGGUCAACAGUGCCGAGCCCAACAUUGGUGUCGUGCGCCAGCCGAUUAAGAUCGCUGAAGUGCUUGGCGGCGAUGCCGACGACGACGAGACUGAGACGGAAACGCCUCCCGAGCCAGAACUGCAGCCAAAUGGCGACUCUCUGAACGAUCCAAACAAAGUUGCUCAGGACGCCUCGGUCAAAAAUGUUGUUGACGAAGAGAUGAAGGCAUCCAGCAGCGCUGGACGCCUUGGCAUGUUCCAAUACAUGGGCUAUUACGGAAACCCGAUAUUUGCUAUUUCUUGUCUCGUUGGCCUCUUCCUCGCCAACGUCUUUUACUUUGGUGCUAGCUUUUGGUUGUCAAUCUGGGUUGAGGCUUAUAACCACAAAGCGCACGUUGACAUUGCGUUUUACAUGGGCAUUUUCGCUCUCUUCACCUUUGGAGAACUCAUCGCGUAUGGCCUCAUUGUCGUCAUGUUCGAGUGGGGAACCUGGCGCGCCGCCAGGACGCUUCACAACGACUUCAUCCGCGGCAUUAUGCGGGUGUCCCUAUCCUGGUUCAAGGCUACACCGAUUGGUCGCAUCACCAACCGCUUCUCUGGAGACAUGGCAUCCAUCGACGGAUCGAUCAAUGGAAUGUUACGCGCAACACUGGACACGUUCAUGGUGCUCUUCUUCCGCAUCGGUGCGGUCAGCGCCAUCAUGCCGAUUUUCAUGCUUCCUGGCAUCGUCACCUGCUUUAUCGGCGUCAUCAUCGGAGAGAUGUACACACGGACAGCGGUUGUGAUCAAGAGGCUCACGUCCUCGGCUCAAUCUCCUGUCUUCUCGCAGUUUGCCGAUACCUUGGCCGGGCUCUCCGUCAUCAGAGCCAGAGACGGCAUGGCGCACGAGUUUGGCGUCGAGCUGGCGAACAAAUUGCGAGUGUGGUCGGCCGCCUCCGAAACGAAUUACAACUGCAACCGCUGGGUUUCUGUCCGAAUUGACUUUGUCACUGCUCUCGUAGCCCUCUUCGCGGGCAUAAUAGCCGUGUCCAAAGUCGGGCUCGUGGGCGCCGGCCUCGUUGGCUUCUCCUUGACUAACGCCAACGACCUGAGCCAAACGAUUCUCAUGCUUGUGCGAUGUAUGAACGAGCUCGAAGUUGAGAUGCAGAGCUUCCACAGAGUCAAGGAGUACGUUAAGCUGGAGGCCGAGGAUAAGGACGACAAGCCGUACCCAGAUGCGGGUGCAGGCGAGUAUGCGGACGAUGAGGCACACGUGAUCCCCAAGAACUGGCCGCGAUCUGGAGAGAUUGAGUUUCGCAAUGUCACCAUCAGAUAUGAUCCCGAAGGUCCUGAUAUCUUGACCGACGUCAAUCUCAAGUUCAAGCCCGGGCAGCGCGUGGCCGUUGUUGGACGAACAGGAUCGGGCAAGAGCACUUUGGUUCUCUCUCUCCUCCGAUUCACGGACAUUGUUAGCGGCGAGAUCCUUUUCGAUGGCGUUGACAUUACAAAGGUCCCACGCCACAGACUCCGCGCAAGCCUGACCAUCAUCCCUCAAGAGGCGGUGCUGUUCAGUGGAACCGUCGAGUCCAAUCUCGAUCCCACCGGUCUGAUCCCUCACGAGAAACUCGAGACGGCACUUGAGAACUGCAAAGGAAUCGCGUCGUUCUCCGGCGAUACGACCGACGUGGAAACGGGCGUGGAAGACGGCGAAGACGCGACGUCGGAGGAUCGCCGCAACCAGGCCAUUACGCUAUCGACCGAGGUGGACGCCCGCGGCGAGAACUUUUCGCACGGCCAGCGGCAGGUCCUGUCUCUGUGUCGCGCCCUGAUCCGCAAGAGCAAACUCAUGCUUCUUGACGAAGCGACCGCGAGCAUGGACUACGAGACGGACCGCGGGAUCCAACAAGUCCUGCGCAACGAACUCGAGGAGUUCAACGACGGCCGCACCCUCGUCACCAUCGCGCAUCGCCUGCGCACCAUUAUAGACUACGACAGCGUGGUGGUCAUGAGCGCCGGCAGGGUUAUAGAGAACGGCUCGCCCAAGGAGCUCUACGAGGCCAAGGGCCAGUUCUACGACAUGGUGUGCCACAGCGGCGAAGAGGAGGAGCUGCACAAGCUCCUGGAGGAGAAAUAG